AACCCUAGCCGCACUUUCUUUCUUUCUUCCCUUUUCUCCUCUCGGUCUAUCUUUCCCUUCUUAUUCCUUGCUGCAUCUUCCUUUCUCCUUCCCUUUUAUCCUCUCGGUCUAUCUUCUUUUCUCCUCCCCGGAUAUGAAAGAAACGAUCAGAAAAGCAACUAUCCGGAAAAGGGGGUCACGUGGUGGCCUCGGGUGUUGACGGCGGUGAAGGGAUCGUCCGCCAGACAAGUAAGAAGAGGGAGAUCUGGGUAAGUAGAGAAGCGAAAGAAAGGAGAAACCAGAUCUGGGUUUGACAUUCGGACUUUGCAAAUCUGGAUUUUGGAUGAGGAGUGGGUAGUGUAGUUAUUUUGGACGAAAUAUGGAAUUUUGGGUUUGAUGAGGUGGCGAUUUGGACAGAAAAUGGAACUUUGUAAAAAAUUGUGACCUAUUCUAAAAUUAUCCUAAAAAUAAAUUGUGACCUAUUCUGAAAUUAACCCA